UUUUUUCCCCUUUCGUUUGUGGUUUAGUUGGUAUUCCAACAUUGAGUUUAAAUCAGAGUAGUGUGUUUAUAAGUGUGUAUAAGUGUGUGUAUAAGUGUAUAUUAGCUGCUGUAGUUUCUGAGUUUCAGUGUUUGUUGAUGUGAUAUUAUGGCGGUGAAUCUGGAUAAAGACGCGUUUUACCGCCGCAUCAAGCGACUCUACGGCAACUGGAAGAAAGGUGAAGAUGAGUUCGGCAAGGUGGAUGCCAUCGUGGUGUCCGUUGGUGUCGAUGAAGAGAUCGUAUAUGCCAAAUCUACAGCACUUCAGACGUGGCUGUUUGGUUAUGAGCUCACUGACACUAUAAUGGUGUUUUGUGAGACUAAAAUCCUUUUUCUUGCCAGUAAGAAGAAAGUCGAGUUUCUGAAGCAGGUGGCUGUUACCAAGGGCAACGAGAACGCCAAUGGAGUCCCUCCCAUCAUGUUACUCGUCAGAGAAAAGAACGAGAGCAACAAGGCAAACUUUGAGAAGAUGAUAGAAGCCGUCCGUGGGAGUAAAGAAGGCAAGACGGUGGGCGUGUUCAUCAAGGACAAAUUCCCAGGAGAAUACAUGAAGAGCUGGAGUGACAUGAUCACAGCCGAGGGGCUCGAGAGGGUGGACAUCAGUACUGUGGUGGCGUACACGAUGGCAGUGAAAGAGGACGGCGAGCUGGCGCUCAUGAAAAAGGCUGCUGCCAUCACCAGUGACGUCUUCACCAAGUUCUUCAAGGAGCGAGUCAUGGAGAUUGUGGACGCAGACGAGAAAGUGAAGCACAGUCGUUUGGCUGAGUCGGUGGAGAAGGCCAUUGAGGAAAGGAAGUAUCUGGGUGGAGUCGACCCCUCCACCGUGGAGAUGUGCUACCCGCCAAUCAUUCAGAGUGGCGGAAACUACAGCCUCAAAUUCAGCGUCGUCAGCGAUAAGAAUCACAUGCACUUCGGUGCGAUCACGUGUGCGAUGGGGAUCCGUUACAAGUCCUACUGCUCAAAUCUGGUGCGCACGCUCAUGGUCGACCCGCCGCAGGAAAUGCAGGACAAUUACAACUUCCUGUUACAGGUGGAGGAGGAGCUUCUCAAAGAGUUGAAGCAUGGAGUGAAGCUCUGUGAUGCUUUUAAUGCCAUCCUGGAGUUUGUCAAGAAAGAGAAACCAGAUCUAGUUAACAAACUCACCAAAAAUAUUGGGUUUGCGAUGGGGAUUGAGUUCAGAGAAGGAUCGCUCGUACUUAAUGCAAAAAAUCAAUACAAACUCAAAAAAGGAAUGGUUUUCAGCAUCAGUCUGGGAUUUUCUGAUAUGAUCAACAAAGAGGGAAAGAAAGAAGAGCAGAAGAAAUAUGCGCUCUUCAUCGGAGACACCAUACAGAUUAAUGAGGAGGACCAAGCUACCGUUCUCACGCCUGUCAAAAAGAAGAUCAAAAAUGUUGGAAUUUUCCUCAAGAACGAUGAUGAAGAAGACGAGGAAGAGGAUGAUAAUGCAGAGGAGCUGUUUGGGAAAGGAGCACGUGGCGCCGCCCUGCUGACUGACAGAACCAGGAAUGAGAUGACAGCCGAGGAGAAGAGGCGGGCCCAUCAGAAGGAACUGGCCAAUCAGGUGAAUGAGGAGGCGAAGCGUCGACUGACAGAGCAGAGAGGAGGACAACAGAUCCAGAAAGCCAGGAAGUCAAAUGUUUCGUAUAAGAACGUGUCGCAGAUGCCUCGCGAAAAGGACAUCAGAGACAUGAAGAUCUUCAUCGAUAAGAAAUACGAGACCGUCAUCAUGCCUGUCUUUGGCAUCGCUACUCCCUUUCACAUCGCUACUAUAAAGAACAUCAGUAUGUCUGUUGAAGGAGACUACACCUAUCUGAGGAUAAACUUCUUUGUGCCGGGCAGCUCGCUGGGACGUCACGAGGGAAAUAUCUUCCCCAAUCCAGAGGCCACGUUUGUCAAAGAGAUUACGUAUCGUGCGUCUAACCUCAAAUCCCCCGGCGAUCACUCCGUUCCCUCCACCAACCUGCAGAACGCCUUCCGCAUCAUAAAGGAGGUGCAGAAGCGCUAUAAGACGCGUGAAGCGGAGGAGAAGGAGAAAGAGGGCAUCGUCAAACAAGACUCGCUUGUUAUCAACCUCAACCGCAGCAACCCCAAACUCAAAGACCUUUACAUCCGCCCCAACAUCGCUCAGAAGAGGAUGCAGGGCUCGCUCGAGGCGCACACCAACGGUUUCCGUUUCACAUCGGUGCGUGGUGAUAAAGUCGACAUCCUGUACAACAACAUCAAACACGCCAUAUUCCAACCCUGUGACGGGGAAAUGAUCAUCGUUCUACACUUCCAUCUCAAGAACGCCAUUAUGUUUGGUAAGAAGCGUCACACAGACGUGCAAUUCUACACGGAGGUGGGCGAGAUCACGACAGAUCUGGGCAAACAUCAGCACAUGCAUGACCGGGACGACCUCUACGCUGAACAGAUGGAGCGGGAGAUGCGACACAAACUCAAAUCAGCCUUCAAGAACUUCAUUGAGAAAGUCGAGUCGCUGACCAAGGAGGAUCUGGAGUUUGAGGUUCCAUUCAGAGAUCUGGGAUUCCAGGGCGCCCCCUACAGGAGCACAUGUCUACUGCAGCCCACGUCUAGUUCGCUCUGUAACGUCACGGAAUGGCCUCCAUUCGUGGUGACCCUCGACGAGGUGGAGUUGGUUCAUUUCGAGCGAGUCCAGUUUCAUCUGAAGAACUUUGAUGUUGUCAUUGUUUACAAAGACUACAACAAGAAAGUCACCAUGAUCAACGCCGUGCCCGUCAACUCUCUCGACCCUAUCAAAGAGUGGCUCAACUCUUGUGAUAUAAAGUACACAGAGGGCGUCCAGUCUUUGAAUUGGACGAAGAUCAUGAAGACGAUCGUUGAUGAUCCCGAGGGCUUCUUCGAGCAGGGCGGAUGGUCUUUCCUCGACCCAGAGAGUGAGGGCAGUGGAGCCGAGGAGGAUUCAGAGUCUGAGAUGGAGGAUGAGACGUUUAACCCUUCAGCUGAUGAGGAGGAGGAAGAAGAGGAGGACAGUGAUGAAGAUUACUCAUCAGAGACAGAGGACUCUGAUUACAGCGCGUCUCUGGGCAGCGAGGAGGAGAGUGGCAAAGACUGGGACGAACUGGAGGAGGAAGCCAGGAAAGCGGAUCGCGAGAGUCAAUAUGAGGACACAGAGGAGACCUCAAACAGGAAGAGGAAGGGCCGUUCAUCAGCCCCGCCCCCUAGCAGCAAGAAGAAGAGGCGGCAUUAGAUGAUGCACACACACCUAUAGAUAUACACACAUACACACUGCCAAAUCAGUUUCCCACAAUUCUCUUUUAUUCCCACCCCCCCGCCCACACACACACUGUGUUUGGUGUAAAUAGCGUUGGCGUGUGCUGAUGCGUGCUGUAGAAUAGCGUUUUCAUAUCAGAGGAAGGAUUUAACCCCUCACACAUCUGUAUUUCCCGUUUUCCUCCUCCAUUCCGGUGAAUGGCAUCUCUCAGGUGUGUGUGUGUGAGCGCUGUUCUAACCCAGUAGACGUGAUACAGUGUUGGUGUUUUAUGCGCAUUACGUGACUCAUUCACAUUAUUGUGCCGUUCCUCUGCAUUUCGGAAUGAAUCGAUGGACCGUUUCCAUGCUGAUGUGGUUUUAUGUUAGUACUUAAUAAUUCUGUUGCGCUUUUUUUCUAAUUUGAGGGGGCAUGAGCAUACUCGACAUAAACAUACACUUUUUUAGUUUUUCUUUAAUACUUGCUCAUUCUGGAUUGAUAGUCUUGUAUUGUUCAAUCAAAUGUUUUUUUUUUCUUUUCUUUUUUUAAUAAAAGUUCAAGGAAAUAAAACCAA